GCCAAAUUUAGAAUAAAACUGUAGGUGAAUGUCAAUCAUUUCAUUAACCAUGUGUUGGCUUUUGAGGAAAACAUAGAAGUGAAGAAACAGGGGUAUGGCAAUGAGUGAUAGAGAAUGGCCGUGCACAAAGUGCACGUAUCUUAACAGACCAGAGAGGAUGUGCUGCGAGAUUUGUGGCUUCAGGUCUAUUGAAGAUGAUGAAGUCCCUUCUACUAUUGUUCAUCCUCUCUCCACAUUUGACAUAGAGGAAGAUUCUGUAACAACCGAUUCUAACCGAGACUCCUGGAAUCCACCCCAUCAAAUAUGUCCACCAAGUCAGUCCACAGGAUAUUGGUUUGAGCAUAUGGGCGACGACAGGCGAAAAGACGGAAGCUUUUUGAGAGAUGAGUUGAGGAUCAUACUGGUUGGAAAAACCGGAUCUGGUAAAAGUGCGACAGGAAAUACCAUUUUGGGCAAAAGGAUUUUUGAAUCGGAUGUAUCUAAUUCAAGUAUUACCAAAUGUUGCAAAAAAGGAUCAGUCCGAAGAUUCGAAGAGGAGUUACUAGUCGUAGAUACUCCAGGCCUUUUUGACACAGGCAUGACAAAUGAGGAUAUUACUAAGGAGAUUUUGAAAUGCGUGGGAAUCAGCGCCCCAGGGCCUCAUGCCAUUUUGCUCAUCAUCGGAAUCGGUCGGUUUACCAAAGAGGAAAGAGACACAGUUGAAUUACUACGGAAAGCCUUUGGUCCAAACAUGCUGAAAUAUUUGAUAAUUGUUUUCACACGAAAAGAUGAUUUAGACCGUGGGGGAAAAUCUAUAGAGCAGAUUAUAAAUGAUGCCCCUUCGUCUUUAAAAGAAAUAAUCAGCAGUUGUAAAGAUCGAUUCUUUGCCAUAGAUAAUACAGAAAAAGGUACUGAAAAGUCUGAAAAGCAGGUGAUGGCCCUUAUAGAAAUGAUAAAAGCAAUGGUGAAGGAGAAUGGAAACAAAUUCUACACUAGUACUAUCUUUGACCAAUCUGAGUUGGCUAUUAGAGAACGCGAAAGAGAACUGAGAGCUAAAUAUGAGAAAAGCAUGGAGGAGAUCUCAAAUCUUAAAAAGAGAGAAAGGACAUUGGCUGACAAACUAGCAUGUAUGGAGGAUCAGCUUCAAAUUGACCAACAAAGUCUCACUCGCCGACUCAGUUCUUUACAGACGGAUAUGGACCAUUUGAUGAUCGAAACCAUUCCUGAUAGUUUUGAUGAGGAUGAAAACUCAAAAUUGGUCAGUUUGCAACAGAUGAUUUUAGGAGUGAAGAGCCGUCUGGAAGAUGUGAGGCAAGAACAAGAAGAGAAGAUGGACGAAGAUUUCAGGUGUAUGUUUCCCCAUGAGUGCUCUGCAUUUCAUCAUCCAUAUAGCGAUGGGCUUGACCGAUAUUUCAGAGACAAUGUUCGAAAUGAGAUUGAAAGUGGAGAUACAAAUAUAUUGAAAAAAGCGUGGAAGAAUAUCAAAAAGGCGGGAUCAGAGCUAGUCAAUAAGUUUAAGGAUAUAUUUGACACAGUGAAGGAGAAGAUGGGAGUUUGAUGAAUUUUUCAUCAGUUACUUUAUAGUUUCAUACUCUUGAUUGCAUGUUAAUACAUCAUCAUGCACCAAUUGUUGUGAUUAAUGUUUCAGUAAAAAAAAUCCACUUUGCAUCAGCAACCUAAAUUAUCAUAUAGUAGUCUCAUACAAACGUUGCUAUGUUAUAUAUUAAAAUCAAAUAAUUUCUAUGCUAAAA